UAAGUAGUCUCUCCUACAUCUAUAUCUAUGGUCAUACUACUGAAAGUGAUUCAUUUUCUACUCUACAUAGCCAGCUAGCUUGGCACACCUACUAUGCUUUGAUGGAUGAUUACACUAGUUUGACAUUCCUUCUGUUUGUGGGGACAUUCACCAUAGCUGUAAAAGCCCAGCAGUUUACAAUUGAGCCUGAGUCAGUGGUACAAGCCGAGGGAUUAUUGGCAGAGUUUGAGUGCCUGUCUCCUGGAACAUCAGCUCAUGCUUGGCUUGUGAAUGGUGUUGAGUCUACUAGCCCUGACUUUUUAUCUGAAUUCAGAAUAGCUGGAGGCACUGCAGGUCGUCCCUCAGUGCUGACCAUCCCAGCCAGUUCACAGUUCAGCAACAGUGUCAUUCAGUGUUCAGUAUUUUCACGGAGUGGUGAAACUUUGUCAAGGAAUGCAACGUUGAUAGUUGAGCGUGUAAUUCUUGUGGUGUUGAAUGGUGAAACUAAAAUUACUGUCUCCGUAAUGAAUUAUUUCGCUAUGAAUAACCUCGCCUAUCGUGUGGACAUCUCCCUGGUGCCUCUGGUCAUCACCAAUGAGAUGGUUGCACUUCCUCCUCUAAAUGGGAUUCAAAAUCAAGUGCAGUUUAAUUAUCAACAACUUAAGAACCACACUAUCUGUGAUACAUUCACCUUCACUGUGACUCCAUUUAGUGAGUCAGGAAUGGAAUGAGGAUCCAGUGAACCGGUCACUGGGUUCUUUACAACAGUAACAGAUAAUAACGAUGUCGCUCCCCUCAUCAGUCAGGGAAGAAAUGUGUUGAGGAAAAUAAUACAUCUCGGUGAUAUGGUACCCAACUGUACCAACUUCACCUCCUACCAAGUGACCUCUGACAUAUCACCACCCUUCAAUAAGACCAUCGAAGAUCUCCAAAUGAUAAAUAUCUCUCUUCCCACUGACCGAAUAAUCAUAAUCUCUGUGACGCUUACUUCGAUCACGGGUGUGCGCCUCAUAUUCAAGGACAUGCUAAUCAGAACAACUGAUGUUCAAAAUUUGAUUGUAGACGUUUGCCCUAAAAAAAACUGUGCAAGUAUUGAGUAUGUUGAAGGUACCCUCUCUCCCGGAGCUCUUGUGUGUGUGAUACGUAUCAUUGAUGGAGAGUUGGAUUUUCAAAGCAUAAGACUAGUGCCAAUUCGACGGAAUAUGAGUGACAAUUUUACCAUCCCGGUGGCUGUUAGUGGAAAGUACAGUGUGGUUGCAUUUGACCUUGAGAACAACA